AUGGUCCGCAUCAUCCCUGGACGACUUAAGUCGAGCUCUUCCCUCCGCAACAGCCGCAGCAGCAGUCCGACAAGAAACAACAGCACCGGCAGCAGCACAAACAGCAAGAUGGGAGACCUGAGCCCCAAGGACAAUGGUUUGACCUUGAAGGUCGUCAUUAUGAAGGCUCGAAACCUUGCCGCCAAAGACAGAAGUGGCACCUCCGACCCGUACCUUGUUUUGACCCUCGGCGACGCCAAGGUCACCACCCACGAGGUGCCAAAGACUCUGAAUCCCGAAUGGAACGUCAUCGAAGAACUCCCCGUCAACACAACCCAAUGCCUUCUCCUCGAUGUGAUAUGCUGGGACAAGGACCGCUUUGGCAAGGAUUACCUCGGCGAGUUCGACCUCGCUCUCGAGGAGAUUUUUGCCGACGAGCAGACCGAGCAGAGUCCGAAAUGGUACCCCUUGAGGAGCAAGAGACCUGGCAAGAAGACGAGCGUCGUAUCUGGCGAGGUCAUGCUGCAAUUCACACUCUUCGAUCAGUCCAACACGGCCGCCACGCGCGAGCAAGUCUUCGAGAAGUUCUAUGCCCUCGUCAGCCAGCUCCCCGCAGGCUCGAGACAAAUAACGCCUACCAUGACACCUCUCAUUCAGCCAGUUCAGAACUUGAGGGUGCGCAGCGGAGCCACCCCCUCGCCUCCGUUGUCGCGCAACCAGACCGAAGCCGAUCAGGACGAGGAAGACGAUGAGGAUCUCGACAUCGAGGACGAUACCCCUGAAGACGAAGAUCCCAGCAAGCCCGAAGUCGCCGAGAAGCGCAGACGCCGUCUGAGAAUCAAGGGGCUGAAGAAGAAGAAGAGAGAUCAGACAUACGAAUUCAAUAACAGUGGAAGCGAUGUUGUGGGCAUCAUUUAUCUCGAGGUCUUAAACAUCACAGACCUGCCUCCCGAACCCAACUCAACCCGAACGACGUUCGACAUGGACCCCUUUGUCGUGGCGUCCCUCGGCAAGAAGACGUACCGAACGAAACGAGUGCGGCACAACCUGAACCCCAUCUUCAACGAGAAGAUGAUCUUCCAGGUCCAGGGACACGAGCAAACGUACUCGUUCUCCUUUACCGUAAUGGAUCAUGACAAAUACUCUGGCAACGACUUCAUUGCCGACUGCACCCUGCCCAUCAGGGAGCUCAUUGAGAAGGCCCCUAAGGCGAACCCCGAAACUGGUCUGUACGACGUUCCCGAACCUCACGAAUACGUGCAGCCGCAGCAGCGCCGUUUCAAGAAGCUUGCUAUGUCCCGCACAUCUUCUUCUCAGAGUCUGACCAAGAUUCGCCCCGGCUUGUCCAAGAACGCCAGCAGCGCUUCUACAACGACGGCAUCGCCGAGUGGGACGAUGACUUCGACGCCUGCCGUCCAGGGCUCGACCCUGAACCCCGAAUUCUUGUCUCCGGAGCAAGCUCUGGCCGGAGCUGGCGCCCAGACUGCCGAAUUGGAAGCUGAAGAUACGGACUUCAACGACUACAGCGUGGCCUUGAAAAUGAAAGACGCCAAAAAGUGGGAGGACAAACACAACCCGGUGCUUUACAUCCGCGCCAAAUACGUGCCUUACCCGGCUCUUCGCCAGCAGUUUUGGAGAUCUAUGCUCAAGCAGUACGACACUGACGAGAGUGGCCGCAUCAGCAAGAUUGAACUGACCACAAUGCUGGAUACCUUGGGAUCAACGCUGCAUGAGUCGACCAUUGACAGCUUCUUCCAGCGGUUCCCUCAUAGGGUGCAGGGUGAGGACAUGUCAGAUCUGACGUUCGACGAGGCCGUAAUUUGCCUAGAGGACCAGUUGGAGGCCAAGAGCCGGCCACAGCUUACCGUCGGAGAGAAGAUGAAGAACAUGUUGCCGGACGCCGACAAGGUGAAGCACUUGCUCUCUGGCCAGGGCAACGGCAAUGGGCCGAGUGGUCUGUCAACAGAGGCGUCGAGCUCUUCCGACGGCACUCUCAACGUACCGGAGCUCAGCACACCCGGGGAAGAGGGUGACUUGCUCGACCGGGAUGACCUGGCAGAGGACCGCUCCGGUGAGGAGCAUGUGGUUGAGAUCAGGGAAUGCCCCAUUUGUCACCAACCGCGUUUGAACAAGCGCAAGGACACCGAUAUCAUCACCCAUAUUGCCACGUGUGCGAGCCAGGACUGGCGACAAGUCAACAACCUCGUCAUGGGUGGUUUCGUCACCGCCAGCCAGGCUCAGCGAAAGUGGUACUCCAAGGUCAUCACCAAGAUCUCGUACGGCGGAUACAAGCUUGGUGCCAACUCGGCCAACAUCCUAGUCCAGGACCGAAUCACUGGUCAGAUCAACGAGGAGAAAAUGAGCGUCUACGUGAGACUCGGCAUCCGUCUUCUGUACAAGGGACUGAAGUCGAGCAAUAUGGAAACCAAGAGGAUCCGUAAGAUGCUCAAGAGCAUGAGCAUCAAGCAGGGUAAGAAGUUCGACGACCCGGCAUCCAAGGCAGAGAUUCCCAAGUUCAUCGAGUUCCAUCGCCUCGACAUGUCCGAGGUGCUCUUGCCAAUGGAGGAGUUCAAAAACUUCAACGAGUUCUUCUACCGAGCUCUGAAGCCCGAGGCACGACCAUGCUCUGCCCCCGACCGCCCCGACGUUGUCGUCUCGCCGGCCGACUGCCGCAGCGUUGUCUUCAACAGCGUCAGCCAGGCGACCAAGGUCUGGAUCAAGGGUCGCGAGUUCUCUGUCAAGCGCCUGCUCGGGGACGCUUACCCUGACGAUGUGAAGCGCUUUGAGAAUGGAGCUCUCGGCAUUUUCCGCCUGGCGCCGCAAGACUACCACCGCUUCCACAUUCCCGUCGACGGCAUUAUGGACAAGCCGAAGACGAUCGCGGGAGAAUAUUACACGGUCAAUCCCAUGGCCAUCCGUUCGGCGCUCGACGUCUAUGGCGAGAACGUCAGAGUAAUCUGCCCCAUCGACAGCCCCGUGCACGGUCGUGUCAUGGUCAUAUGUGUCGGCGCCAUGAUGGUCGGCAGCACGGUCAUCACUGCUCAGGAAGGCGCCCAGGUCAGCCGUGCCGACGAGCUUGGGUACUUCAAGUUCGGUGGCAGCACUAUUGUGCUGUUGUUCGAGCCGGGCAAGAUGAGGUUCGACGACGACUUGGUCGACAACUCAAACGGAGCUCUUGAGACUCUGGUUCGUGCCGGUAUGUCUGUUGGACACGCACCCGACCUGCCACAAUGGGCCCCCGACAUGCGCAAAGACGCGAAGGACGUGACAGACGCCGAGAAAAAGGACGCCAAGCGCCGUAUCGGCGGCAGCAUCGGCGGAGAGGAAUCGUCAAGCGGCGAGGAGACCCCCAAUACCAGCGCAGACCUCGGCACGCACGCCGCAUCGGCCAUGUAG